AGGAGGAUAUCGAACAUCUGAAUGAGUGCCAACCCGGUUUUGGAAAUGGAUUCUGGAGAAAAACGUCUCAAUGAGCUUGGAUACAAGCAAGAACUCAGAAGGGAAAUGACUCUGUUCAAGACAAUGGCAAUAACAUUUUCAUGCAUAUCUGCAUUCAGUGGGACACCUCUGUAUGGCCAAAGCUUGCGUUAUGCAGGUCCUGCAACCUUAGUAUGGGGAUGGGUGGUUGUUAGUUUCUUCACUUGGUUUGUUGCAAUCGCCAUGGCGGAGAUUUGCUCCUCUUUCCCGACCACAGGUUCUCUUUAUUUCUGGGCUGCCCAUUUGGCUGGACCCAGGUGGGGGCCAUUUGCUUCAUGGUGUUGUGCUUGGCUUGAGACUAUUGGUGUGAUAUUUGCUAUUGGUGCUCAGACAUAUUCUGGAUCACAAGCAUUGCAGAUGAUCAUUCUUUUAGCCACAGGAACAAACAAGGGUGGAGGCUAUUUUGCAUCAAAGGGUGUGUUUUUGUGCUUGUAUAUGGCUCUAAUCCUCAUAUGGGCAGUACUAAACACAUUUAAAUUACAAGUGAUAGCAUUUCUCAACAUCAUCUCCAUAUGGUGGCAGGUGUUCCCUUCAACUGUUCUGUGUCUUGCUUCUUUUCAUAGUAAAAUAUACAUAUGCAUGAUUGUAGGGCCACGUCGUCCAAGCGUGGGGUUUUGUCUCAUAAGGCCAUCCAUUUACGGACACUGUCUCUUCUCCAAUGUAGUUGGUGGCUUGCUUGUGAUUGUUAUGCUUCCUCUGGUGGCCCAGUCAACACAGCCAGCUUCUUAUGUGUUCACUCACUUUGAAACAUCUCCUGAGUCAACUGGAGUCUCUAGCAUACCUUAUGCAGUGAUUUUAUCAGUGCUUCUGAGCAUAUACUCUCUAUUCGGCUACGACGCUGCAGCUCAUCUUACUGAGGAGACAAAAGGCGCAGACAGAACUGGUCCUAAAGCUAUUCUAUCUAGUCUUGGUAUCAUAUCAGUUUUUGGCUGGGCUUAUUACUUGUCUCUAACUUUCAGCAUCAGGGAUCUGGAGUAUUUAUACAAUGCAGACAAUGAGACUGCUGGUGCACUUGUACCAGCACAGAUUAUAUAUGAUGCAUUCUAUGGGAGGUUCCAAAAUUCAACUGGAGCUGUGGUUUUCCUGUGUAUCAUCUGGGGUUCCUACUUCUUUUGUGGGUUGUCUACUACCACCACCGCUGCCCGAGUAGUUUAUGCUCUAUCAAGGGAUAACGGUAUCCCAUUUUCACCAAUCUGGAGGAAAUUGCACCCGAGGACCAAGGUUCCAACAAAUGCCGUGUGGCUCUGCGCAGCUAUCGGUUUGCUGCUUGGACUGCCCAUCUUGAAACUUGAUGUAGUAUUCACAGCCUUCAUUUCAGUUAGUACAAUUGGCUGGGUGGGUAGUUAUGCAGUGCCAAUUUUUGCUAGGCUGGUGAUGGCUGAAGAGAACUUCAAACCAGGACCCUUUUAUUUGGGUAGAGCAAGCAGGCCAGUUUGCUUGGUGGCCUUCCUGUGGAUAUGCUAUGCCUGUUCAGCCUUCCUAUUGCCAACUUUCUACCCUCUUGGAUGGAAAACCUUCAAUUAUGCACCAGUAGCUGUCAGUGUUGUUUUGACAGUGGUAAUGCUUUGGUGGGCUUUGGAUGCAAGGAAUUGGUUCAAGGGACCUGUAAGAAACAUUGAUGUACGAAACGAAAACUAUUAGGUUCUGGGUGGGUAAUGCUAGAGGGAUCACAUUUUUAGAUCCUAUUAAUUGACCGCAUGAUGUGAUACUGGAUGUAUUAAUCAAUGAUUCGCUAGCCACAAUAAGUACAUAUCAACUAACGCAUUAUGCGAA